GCACAAGUAGCAUACUCCCCCUCCCCUCAGUCAAUGGAUGUCAACCGAUGAUCCGAACUUUACCAUACCUAAAGCUUCGUAUACAGCUCCCCUCAUAAGUUUGCUAUCAUCAGAUGUUAUUUCCCAGACUUCAAAAUGUAUGUUUAUUGGCGGGAUUCCAGCAGUGUGGCAUAACGACAAAAGUACAAACAUAAUGACAAGCUCCAGAAACACAUCAGUUCCAAGUUUUGAAAACCACCUUACGGUGCCUAUUGGACACAAAAAAGGCUUACUAUCACUCCCCAGUGCUUCCAAUGAAUCUUUACAAUGCUCAAUUCCCAUGUCAGUCACAUCAAGAAACUCCAGGAUGUUGUUGGAACUACCACAUCCAAUAACUCAACUUAAUAUAGAAACCAUUAAUCAAGAAAAGACCCGGGUUUCUAAAAGGUUACGAAGUUUAACCCAUAAAUCAAAAGGAAAAAGACGUGAUAAAAUAAGGGAUUUCCGCGAUAGGAUACUUAAUUCGUUAAUCAGCCCAUAUCAAUCUGGUGAGAUUGUUCGAGCUGAUAGAAUGCUUGUGAUGAUUAAGGAAAUUGUUGGCAAUGUAAAGGAGAAUUUCGAUGGAGAUGAAUUGGAAUCUCGAGUUUAUGAAAGAUGGAAAGAGUACAUUGUGGUAUUAAGACGAACAUAUAGCAGUUCAGAACCUUUAAUGCUUCAAUUCUAUGAUAUUGCCAAGGCUCCAAAUGCAGAUAAUGCCAAGCAACAAUCUCCACGAGUUGGAUUCAGCUUGAAUUCAAAAAUCAGUGCCAAAUUUUACAAUAUCUUGGAUAAGUCAAUUAGCUUGACUGCUCGUCAAGGAGAUGAUACUUUUAGCUAUAUCCUCAAAUGCAAUAAUCAAACGAAAGCAUUAAGAUGGUUAUACUUUAUUAAGCUGAGUCUUGGUCAUGACAUGAAUACCAUGUUCAAUAUUUACAUUCAUCAUGUUGGUCAAUUUUUACAAGUGAAAAUACCCGAGAAUAUUUUAGAGAAAGCAGUUCAGUCAAUAGAAGAAGUGCACAUUAGGGAGAAGAAAACUGGUUACGAAGUUCAACAUUCUGUACUUUUGCAGUAUUUGAAGAAUACCAUCAAGGCAAAAUUUAAACAUGAAAAUAUCAGCUUUUCUAAUUCCUGGUUUUGUUUUCGAUUUUACGACAGAUUAGAAUGGGUUGCUGAUAACAGUGAAUUACUAUUCAUUGGAAAUGUUUUAUAUACACCAACAUUUCAAUUGGAAUACAGAACCAUAGAAUUGACUUCAGUGUAUACCCCCACAUAUAAAUUGGAAGAACCUGUACCUAUUGAAGGAUUUUUGGCUAGGCUCACAAGUACAUCUGGCAGAAGUAAAGGUCUAGUUCAUGAUUUCUACAAAAUUCUGUAUUUCUUCACCAACAAGAACUUAUUGUUUUUCACAAAGUAUUAUAGAGUGUUACCACCAGCAUCUGAAAACUACUUUCUUGCAUCUCAAGUUUCAUCUAAAACACCCAUUGUUUACGAACAAUGUUUGUAUCCCAGUGACGGAAAUGGUCAUAUUGCUUGGUUACGGGAUGAUUUUACAACUGGAGACGAUCACUGUUUUUCUGAAUUCGAACGAAGAACUCAACAAAUUGUUCGUGCUGAAGGAUUAAUAGAUUUGUCGAGAAUCGUACAAGUGAGGGCAAUCCCAUCAUCGACGAUGUCGCAUACCCAAAAAUUGCUCUCUGCUCAUUUAUGGUAUGCUCUGUCUGGCUUGAUUGAUAAUGAAGAGAUCCAAGAUUCUUGUUUUGAAAUUGAAUUAGCUACUGGAUGUGUCAUUAAACUUCAAGCACACAGCAGACAUGUUCGUGAUCGAUGGAUCUUGCAUUUGCAGUUAUUGAGUCAAUUUUGGGCCAUGCAUGAACAAGAACAAAUUCAGCGGCAGAUUGCUGUAAGAAGUGCAAAUUUGAAUAAUUUGAAUGCUUGCGAAUACGUUGAUUCCAAUGCAGGUCAGCAAAUUAAUCAUUUGGAAUUGAAGUACACUGAAGCAGACACGAAAAUUAACAAUAUCUCGUCGAUGAUAUCAACUACAUUGGUGCUUAAAUCGGGGUUCUUAUAUCACAAACGGAAAAAGCAUUCCACAUUCAAUCAGUUUUUUGCACUUUUAUGUCCUGGCUUUUUAAUCUUGUUUAAUAUUUUCAAAAGAUCAAAGAAUACCGGUGCUUGGAAAAAGACAUCUUAUUUCGAGCAUUACUUGACAAUUCCAAUCUCUGAAUGUUACAUAUAUGCUGGGUUUGCUGCCGAGCUAGAUUUAUUAGAGUCAAAAAGUGAAACUAGAGGAACACAACUUGAACGGCAUUCGGUUCCGCGGUUACAUACCAAUGGGUGGAGGUCACAAGAAGAAGAGUGCUCGCUUUGUUUUACGUUGUGGUUUGGCAAGAAACGUAAUAUAAGUAAUUAUGAAAGAAAUAUCUCCAAACAACAAGCAAAACCGGUGGCAUUGCAUUUAGAAAAAAAUCCUGGGUUGAUUAAAAUGGUUGCCAAGCUUGGUUUGACUGGGAGAAGCGUUAUGUUUAUGACAAACUCAAGGCAAGAUCGUGAUCAAUGGGUGUCCCGAAUUCUUGGUGAGAUGGAUAGAUUCUAGAUAGUUUGUACAUAUAUUACAUUUUAGUCUAAGCUAUAUAGUCAUCAUAAAAACUCCCGAUCAUA